AUGUCGACCGUGCGCCCCCCCAGAACCCCCGAUCUGAUAUUGCGGUCGCUGCCGGAGGAGUUGAUCGUUGAAGUCAUGUCGCAGCUACCUGCACCCGGGUUUCAUCUUGCUAGCCUCAGUUGCAGGACUCUUCGGCGCAUCAGCCAGACGGCGCGUUUCGAUCCGUUGUAUACGCUGAAGCAAAGCGGGGGAUGUGAGGCUCGACCAAAUCAGACACAAAGAAAGAAACCCAACAUGACGCCUAAUGAAGAGGCUCAACUAUCAAGUCAUUUACGGCCGCUCUUAUACUGCGUCGAUUGCAUAGCGGCCCGCAACCGUUUCAGCUUCGCCAGGCGCCUGCACGCGCUACACGAAAAAGGAUACUGCAGCAGAUGCAAUGAGACGCACCCGGCUAUAUUUUUCUCGGCAAGACAGCGACAAGUCCCGCAAUGGAAGCGGAUAUGCAUUGGAUGGGAAGGUUGCUUGGUCUUUUGCUCUCACAAGCUCUCACUGGCUUGGGAAGAUAUCGAUACGGUGGUGACAAACGCCGAGAAGGCCGACUAUCAUAAGACGCCCAAGGGCAGGAACGGCAUCCGCGGCCGUUGGCAUCACAGCUACACGUAUGCUGAGCGAGGCUGUCGGGCCUGCAGCUACCCAAACGGUGGGUCGUAUGUGGAGGGUAAAGACUACAGACAUGCUGCUCGAGCCACUAUCGCCUUUCGUGUCCAAGAAAAAACUCCCCAGAUAUGUUUCAGUUGGAAACAGACUGUUCAGGUUGCUGCUCUCUCAUCCGCCAAAGAAUUACAGCGUCUUCACCAGGACCCACCUACCGGGGAUACGGCAAGGAUCCAGGCUUUUGGAGCAGUCCUUGUGGCCGAAGGCAGGUCAAACAUGGCAAUUUGCCCACAUCAGACCUUAGGUGGAUGGAAUGGCGACGGCCAGUGCAGCGUCUGUUCCUGGAGAUUGUACAUGGCCGGCUCGGAGCCAUGCGGCGAAGUCAAUGUCGUCCGCAGGCUCCGGGUAGAUAGUCCAUGUGAUUACGGUUGGAUUGCGUCGCUUGAUCCUGCAUCGUAG